AUGGGACUAGGAGCGAGAAACCCAGAUAGAGAGAUCUUCAGCAAUUUUGGCCCCUCCCAUCUUACAUCUAUUGAUUGGACUAAUUCGUACCAUCGAACCUCAGUGGCAUCAAGUUUGGUAAAAGGAGUGUACACAAUGGAAACAGACAGGAAAAAGAAACGGGUAGGUCGCGAGGCUAGAGCGAAGCCCUGGUGGGACUUUUUCCACUUCACUUUACUCGAAGAAUUGUUUGACCCAAAUGACAAAUCCAUAUACGGUGCCGUUUACGAAUACGAGCUCUACAACUUAUACCAAAAUACCCCUCAUUUGAGAGUAGCUCCACGUUACGUGAUUGCAUUCCGUGGUACGAGCUUACGAUUAAAAACAAUCUACUGUGAUGUGAAACUUGACCUCCGAUGCUUCUUCAACUGCCUCCACAGAGGCGCCAGGUUUGUGCAUGCUAUAGAAGCAAUCACAAAUAUGGUAGGUAAACACCAAGAAUCAGCCAUCUGGCUCGCUGGACACUCUUUGGGAGCCGGCCUAGCAUUGCUGGCCGGCAAGACCAUGAUAAAAUCUGGAUACUUCCUCGAGAGUUACAUAUUUAACCCUCCAAUCUCCUCUAUUCCUCUAGACCAGCUACUUCAGAGCCAGAGGCUUAAAAGUGUGCUUCGAAUCGCCGAGAGUGUCCUCAAAUCCACCCUAACUCUGCUCUUGAAGGAUCUACAGCUUGAAGAAGACGAUCCAAGACUAGCAUCGUGGACACCUUAUUUAUAUGUGAACUCACAAGAUAUAAUCUGUUCAGAAUACAUUGGUUACUUCAAACACAAAACUAUCAUGUCUAAGAUAGGAGUAAGCAAAAUCGAGAGCAGGGGUGCUAGAAGCUCAAUUAGGAGUCUAUUGGUCCAAAGAAGAAGAACAUCGUCACCGUCCGAUUUGUCAACCGAACCUCUUCACCUUCUUCUAUCAGCCGAUAUGACUAUAAACAGGAACAAUCCGAGUGAGUCUAAGACAGUUCAUGGGCUUCACCAAUGGUGGGAGCAAGAUCCGGCCCUGAGGGCAAAUUGGGAAAGUUGCUGCAUUAGGCCCUGCACUGAAAGCAAAAUGGUAAAACUGUUGAAUUAG